AUGUCAAACGAUCAGCCCGAUGACGAUCUCGCGAACGAUACAGAUCCGCCCGCGGAUAAGCACAGCCCGCUGGAAAAUCUUACCGAUAAACGACCGUGCGUCCACGCUGUGACGUCCGAACAGAAAGCUGCGGCGAUCGGGAGGAGCACGAGGGACGAGGGGGGCAGAAGGAGGAGCUUGGUCGAUUCGAAGGGCAACGAUGACGAGUCUCGUUUGUCAGGGGACAUCUGUCGAAUAUGUCACAUGGGCAGUUUUUCAACGAUUGACGAGAAUCGAGUCAGUUGUGGACGGCAGCAGCAGUCCAUUCGAGGAGUCGACAGUCGGACGUCGACUAUAUCGUCGUCCUACGCAUAUCUCGGCCCUUUGAUCUCGGCUUGCAAGUGUCGCGGGACAGUAGCGCUAGUGCACGCUGAGUGUCUCGAAAGAUGGCUGACAGAAUCGGGUCACUCGAGGUGCGAGCUUUGCGGCUACAAAUACGCCACUAAAAGAGUACCGCGUCACAGCAUCUUGCGUAGCAUCGCAAUAUGGUUCAAUACCGUGAUAGUGACCCGUCAAAUGCUUCUAGACAUACUGUAUCUGGUAGUAACCACACCUUUAGCGUUAUUCUCCUGCUACAUUUGCAUUUUGGCGCUGAGAAUGUUACUGAAAAACGGUCUGCAAGAGAUGCCCUGGAUGAUCGUCGCGAUGCUACCCACCUGUUCCCUAACUCUGGUAGCCUAUUGGGGCUGGAUGAUAACUUUAGUCAGACUCCACGGACGUAGAUGGCGCCGCUACUGGCGGAGCAAUUUCGUCAUACGCCUGAUCCCGGAUCGUUCGAUCGUUGCUGAAACAAAUUUCAGACAAGAGGAUACACGCGAUUCACAAUUUCAUGCUCCACUUGCACUUAACGUUUACACAAAUAUACACAUGCAAACCAAGUUCGCGAAACAUUCGUAA